UAUCAUUCGCCAGUCGCGUUUCGUGGCUGAUAGACGUGUGUUGUGAUCCAGUGAUAUGUAUCCGCAAUUGGAGACGGAUGCUCAGGCCCAGGAAAAGGCAACGGCUCAGAGUCUCUUGGCCACGAGACAUACACAAACGGAGGACGAGAAACCCGCACCAAUAUCCAAAUGGAAACGUCGCCUGCAUCGUCAUGUGCCAGCAACCCAAUGGCUACCUUUGUACUCUACAGAAUGGGGCAUCGAUGAUUUUAUAGCGGGCAUUACAUUGGGCCUAACCAUCAUACCCGAGAGCAUGGCCUGUGCCCUGCUUGCGGGUCUGCCGGCACGCUAUGGCCUGUGUUCGGCCUUCAUUGGACCGUUGAUCUAUAUGGUGUUUGGUUCCAUUGAUAAGGUUAUCAUUGGACCCACCAGUCUGGUGGCGUUGGUCAGUGUACAAUUUACGGUGGGGCGACCGAUAGAGUUUGCAUUUUUGCUUACAUUUUUCAGCGGCAUUGUACAGAUAAUUAUGGGUGCUCUAAGACUAGGUUUCAUCUUUGAGUUCAUCUCAAUGCCUGUGAUCAAGGCCUUUUCCUCAGCCACUGCCAUUUUGGUGAUCGAAUCACAGCUGAAAGUGUUGCUGGGCAUUAAGUACUUAGUGGCGGGUCUUUUAAGCUCUGUCUCUACCCUAAGUUCUCGGAUCGAUGAAUCGAAUAUGGCUGAUCUCACUAUGGGCAUUUGUGCUAUAGCUUUUCUGCUUUUACUUGAGCUACUCGAACGCGUGGCUAGCAAUGAAAAUUAUGGAAAAGUUACACGGAUCUGCUGUCGCUAUUUAUCCACCUCUAGGAAUACUCUCAUCGUUCUUAUCGGGGGCAUUGUCACCUACGUUUGGCUGCAACAAGCGGGCCACGUACCUUAUGCUCUUAGCCAGAACGCCUUGGCCACUUUGCCCAACUUUACGAUUCCGAGUCUGCAGAUUGAAACGCCCCAGCGGAACUACAGUUUCUGGGAUAUCUUAAAGGAGCUCAAUAUGGGGAUUAUUGUCAUACCAAUUGUGGGCAUACUCACGAAUAUAUCGAUUGGAAAGUUGACUCCCAAGGGGCUGGUGGACACAAAUCAAGAGCUCCUCACCGUGGGACUGUGCAAUAUGUUUGGCUCUUGUGUCCAGGCCAUGCCCUCGUCGGGUGCCUUUACCCGCUAUGCCAUAAGCACGGCCUGUGGCCUCAAGACACCCAUGGCAAAUCUUUAUUUGGGUAUCAUUGUGUUGCUGGCUUUGAGCUAUCUCAGUCCGUACUUCAAUUUCAUACCGGAAGCCACACUGGCGGCCAUUCUGAUAUGCUCGAUAAUCACGCUGCUGGACUUUAAGCUGCCGCUGCGUUUGUGGCGUGACUCCAAGCGUGACUUUGCCACCUGGCUGCUGUGCUUCUGUGUGUGCGUGCUGUUCGGUGUGGAAGUGGGUCUGUUUGUUAGCAUUGUGGUGACGGCUUUGCAUCUGCUAUUCCUGUGGGCACGUCCCGAGGUUCGUGUGAAGAUUGAGGAGCUGGAUGAGAUGCAGUAUAUCCGCGUGACGCCCGGCAAUGGCAUCUACUUUCCGGCCAUCAAUUACCUGCGGGAACGUGUCCUCAAGGCCUGCACACAGGCGAAUUUCAGCAUAACCGUUGUCAUCGAUGGCCAGAGCAUUACGGGUCUCGAUUACACCGCCGCCCAGGGUAUAUCGAAGCUAUCGAGCGAUCUGUGCCGUCAAGCGGAUGCUGCCAGUUCCACUCUGUUAAUUCUGUAUAGAUUCCAGGAGCCGCUCAAGCGUUUGAUCGAUCACACGGAAAAUCUAGUCUUUUGUGAGACUGAGGACAGGGUCAGGGAGUUCUUGACCCAGGAAUCACUGCGUAAUGGUUAUAUCAAUCUCAAGGAGCACAUACGGGCAUCCAUAGAUUUGGGCUAUAAAAUAGACAUCGAUUAGGGCAUGGCAACGCCACC